UACUAAGUUUCUCAUAUAAUUUCAGAGCGCUGACAUCAAAACUCGUGCAGGCCUCUGUUGGAAUAAAUACAUGCCGUGGUGGAGCAGUAUGGAAUCGCAGACAGUUGAUGAUGAUGCAGUGGAUGUUUGAAUGAGGUGACAGCAGCAGGAAGGAGAAACAAUGCCCAAGAGUGGGUUUACUAAAACACCACUAUUGGAAGAUUACCCACUGAGCAUCGAUAUGGUGGAAAAACAAUCAGGGAAGAAGGAUAAGGAUAAAAUAUCAUGUAACAAGACUCCGAAGUUGGAUCGAAGCGAUGGAGGAAAAGAGGUGAAAGAGAAAGCAUCAAAGAGGAAACUGCCUUUCUCUGUUGGAGUUAACAGCAGUGAUCAGAAAGAUUCAGACACAGAAAAGCAAGGUCCAGAGCGGAAACGAGUGAAGAAGGAGGCUGGAGUCCGAAAGUGUGGAUUGUUUGGAGCAGGAAUAAGAGCUGGCUGUCCACUUUCAGAACGACAACAAGUUGCUUUGCUGAUGCAAAUGACGGCAGAAGAAUCAACAAACAGUCCAGAUCGUACUCCAAAGCAUCCCUCGCAGUCGAUUCUUGGACAAAAGAGAACACCAAGUUCUGCCUCCAAAACCAAAGACAAAGUAAAUAAAAGAAACGAGCGUGGUGAGACACGACUUCACAGAGCUGCCAUCCGGGGAGAUGCACGGCGGAUAAAAGAACUUAUUAUUGAAGGUGCAGAUGUAAACGUAAAAGACUUUGCAGGAUGGACUGCACUCCAUGAAGCAUGUAACAGAGGUUACUAUGAUGUUGCUAAGCAACUUCUUGCAGCAGGUGCUGAAGUCAAUACAAAAGGCCUAGAUGAUGACACCCCUCUCCAUGAUGCAGCGAAUAAUGGUCAUCGUAAGGUCGUGAAGCUGCUGUUGAGAUAUGGAGGGAAUCCUCAUCAGAGUAACAGAAAAGGCGAGACACCGCUCAAAGUUGCCAAUUCUCCCACCAUGGUGAACCUAUUACUGGGAAAGGCUUCCUGCAGCUCCAGUGAUGAGAGUUCAACAGAAACUUCAGAAGAUGAAGAUGCUCCCUCAGUUGCACCAUCCAGUUCAAUUGAUGGUAAUAAUACAGACUCAGAAUUUGAGAAGGGCCUAAGGCACAAAAUCAAGCGACAAGAGUCCUCUAAAACAGUAACACCAGUCAAAGAUGAGUAUGAAUUUGAUGAGGAUGAUGAGGAAGAUAGAAUACCACCUGUUGAUGACAAACAUUUGCUGAAGAAAGAUUAUCGAAAGGACAUGAAAAUAAACAGUUGCAUUUCUAUUUCUAAACUAGAGACAAAAACCUAUUCUAAAAAUUCUCUUCUAACACCAAAGAAAACUCCACGACGUAUAUUAUCUGACACCAACAGUUCAGAUGAAGAAGAUAGAUUAAUACGCUUCUCUCCUCCUCUUAGCAGACCUUUAGUGCAUGCUAGUCUGCCGAAUGCAAGCUCUAAACAAAGAGAGUCACUGGUUAAAAAGCAACAAAAGGAGAAAACUAAAGUGAAAAAAAAAUGGAAAAAAGAGGUGAAAAACAAGGAGGUCAGAUUGGGUAAGGAUGAAGAUCUGUUCAAUUCAUCUGCAACAGAAAGUGAUGACUCAGAAAGUGAGGAGGAGGAUAAAGGUUCCAUACAGAGUGGAAUUAGCAUGAAGGAGUCUUUUAUGAGCUUGAAAGAAUCAACAAUGUUCUCUUCACUUCCUGCAUCCUGCUCUUCCUCUCAAGCAAGCUAUAUGUCAUCAAAGCAUAUUCCCAGUCUUGCAGAGCAACAUACUAAACCUUGGCGAACUGAUAGUUGGAAAUCAAACAUGUCACCAGUGUGGUCUGAUGUGAGCUCUUUGUCAGAGUCUGUGAGAACGCGACUCACAAGUGAAUCGGAUUAUUCUUCAGAAGAUUCAAGUUUAGAGUCUAUUAAACCAUCAAAAGAGGUGAAAGUCCAUAAAAAGAAAAAUCUGAUCGAUGGAGAUGUUAUAGAAAAGAAAGUGACUGAUGAUAUCUUUAAGAUUUUGAACACUGAUGGAAUAGUUCGGAAAUUUGAUAAGAAGGGCAAAGUUGUUAAAAAGCAUAAAAUGAAGCACAGGCACAAAAUAAAAGACAAGGAGAAAGGAAAAUCUCAGAGCACUGUGACAGAGUAUGAUAAAUUUUCAAAAGCUGAGAGUUUAAAUAUGGAUGAAUCUAAGCAAAGAGCGGACAAAUGUUUAAGUCCAGAAGUAGUUAAACAUGACAAAGAAGAAUUGAAGAAGGAAGAAAGAGAAAAACUUUUUAAAGUCAAAUCUGAAGAAAAAGACUGGUUGCUUAAAGAUGAUUUAGGGAAAACCUGUAAAGAAGAAAAGCUAACAAAGAAAAUUAGAGAUACCACUAAAGAUGUUAACAAAUCUCUAAAAGAGGAGAAAGAGAAAAUGUCUAAAGUCAAUAAAGAAAAAUCUUUUAAAGAUAGAGAAAAAUAUUCCAAAGAAGAAAAGCUUAAAAUCCACAAAGAUGAUAAAAAGAAAAAGGCAAAGGACAAAUUUGCAAAAGGUGAGAAAUAUCAAAAAUCAGACAAAGAUAAAGGUCUUAAAGAUGACAAGGAAAAACUAAAAAAGGAAAAGACUCACAAAGAGGAAUCAGACUAUGAGGAUCUGAAAAUCAGAAAUCAGUUUGUAGAUGAUGAUAGGUUCAGUGUGUCUGAUCAUGAAGAUAAUUGGUUUUCAGAUUUAUCCUCUGAUUCUUCUUUCUCUGAUUUAAAAGAAGAUAAUUGGAGUAUUCCAUUCAAAGAUUUAAAGGAACACAAAGAUGGUGCAGUAGGUAAACUGGUUGUUGAAACGAUGAAGGAAGAAAGUAAGGAAAGGAAAAAGGAAUUGAAGUUAAAGGAAAAGCGUGAACUAAAUGAAAAACGCCAUGAUAAAGACACAAGGAAGAAAGAUAGAGAUUAUGUAGAAAAAAAUGCAGAGAAGAAAAAGGACCAAUCUGAUAAACUUAAGUCAGGACAAGGAUGUCCUCUGGAGAAAGAUAAAAAGAGAAAAGACUCCACUGAAAGUGUUAAGGACCGAAAAGAUAAAGAUACUUUUGAAAAUAUUAAAGAUCGGAAAGAUACCAUAUCUGAAUAUAGCAAGGAAAGGAAAGAUCUUAAAGGAAAACCAGAAGAUGCCUCCAAAGGUGAUUCAAGAGAGUUUGGGAGUGAAUGUUUCUUCAAAGAGAAGUCUGAAAGUGAUUUCACUGGAAGAAUAAUCGAAGCAAGAGAGAGACAUUAUUCAGGGAAAGAGAGAGACAAAAAAGAGGGACCUGAAAAGAAGGACAGAAUAAAAAUGGAAAAACAUAAAGACAAGUCUAAGGAGAAACUUUCAUUGGAAAUUGAAAAGGAAAAAAUAGAGAAAAGCUUGAUUGAUAAAUUCUUGAAAGACAAAGAUACUGAUCGAGAAAAACUAUACAGAGAGCCGGGUGGUUUCAAAGACAAAAGAGAACAAAAAGAAAAGAACCGAGACCUUUUCAGCCGAGACAAGGACAGAAAAAUGUUAGAGCUGAACAAAGAAAGAGAGAAAAAUGUAAUGGAAAAACAUAACGAUAAAGACAAAGAUGUUCCAGAAAGAAAGGAAAAAGAGAAAAUAGAUAAGCAAAAAGGAACUGAUCUGGAAAUAGGAAAGGAAAAAUGCUGGCAUAGCAGAGCAAAUGACAUCUUCACAGAUGAAAGUGGUGAUGAGGUAAAUUAUCGUGAAUUUGAAAGUAAUCAAAUGUGCAGAAGUGACACUCAACCUGAAAAGGAAGAGGCAAAGGCAGAGAGGGAGCCAUUUCUCUCUGAUAAACAGAGAAGAUGCUCAGUUGACAAACAUUCAGCAGAAAAGCAUAAAGAUAAAGAACUGAAAGAUAAGAAAAAGGACAAAAUUUCAGAUAGUGGGAAAGAUAAGAGAGAAAAAUGUUUAUCUGAAAGACAGAGAGAAAAAAAGGAUAAAGAACUGGGUGAUAAAUUUAAAGAAAAGAAGGAAAGAGUGUUAACAACUUCAAAUCUAGAAAAGAAAUUCAAGCUGAAGCUUCCUGAAAAGAUAGAGAAGCGACACUCCUGUGAUGAAAAGUUGAAAGCUAAAGGCAAGGAUAAAAUUGACAAAGAACUCUUAUUGAAGGAAAAGAGGCUUUCAAAAGGAAAUACAAUAGAAGAAGAAAAAAAAUGCCCAGAAAAACUGCAAACCACAACUCUCAAUGAAUUGAAAGAGGAUUCCAAUGACAAGAGCAGCGAAAUUUCAUCUGACAGCUUCACAGAAAGAACACAUGAUUCUGCAACGUGUGGUUUUAAUGAUAUUGCAAAUGUUGAUCAUGAUAUUGGAGAAGAAAAAAUGAAGGAUUCUCUUUUCAUUUUGUACACACAUGAAAAGAGUAAAGAAAAGGAGAGAAAUAGGCAUUCAUCAUCGUCAUCAUCAUCAAAGAAAAAUCAUGAGAAAGAUAAAAUAAAGAGAGAGAAACGGGAUAAGUCUGAGGAAUUCAGAGACUCUGCUGGAAAAAGAGAAGGUUCAACAUUUGAAAGAGAACCCAUAAUGUCUGAUAGUGAUUUGCUAAGCCAUUUUUUAAAACUUGAGAAAGAAGAUGAACUUGACAAAAGUGUGGAUGUUGUGUUAAAUGAGAAAAAAGACAAGGGUGAGUCUGAAAAGGAGUUGUCUAAAAAAUCGGAGAAAGUUUUGAUCACUAUCAAGGAGAGGGAUAAGGAUAAGAAAAAGAAAGAGAAGCACAAAGACAAAUCAAAAGAUGACAAAGAAAAGCACAAGGAAAAACAUGGCGAAUUAACCAUGAUUUGCAAACAUUCAAAAGAAGAACAAAAGCCUGGAACUAAAGACUCUCUUUCAACAGUUAGAGAGUUAAAUGGAAACAAAGAGAAAGCAAAAGAUGACUGUUUCAAAAAUCAUGACAUUAAACAAAAAGAAAAAGUCAAAGAUGGUGCAGAAAAGGAUAAAAAUGAAUCUGUUAAGUUUAGAAUCGGUGAAAAUGAUAAAUUAAACCCAUCAAAAGAAGUUUCCCGUAAGGACAGCAGGCCUAAGGAGAAGCUUUUAGUUGAUGGAGACCUAAUGAUGACUAGUUUUGAGCGUAUGCUAAGCCAGAAAGAUCUAGAAAUUGAAGAACGUCACAAAAAACAUAAGGAAAGAAUGAAACUAAAAGAGAAGCUGAGGCACAGAUCAGGUGAUCCCAAGUUAAGGGAAAAAUUCCGAAAUGCAGAAGAAGGACGUAGGAGAAACUUUGAUCUGCCAACUAAAAAGAGUUCAACUGAGUCUCAACAAAGAGACAAAAAAAUUAAAGAUCAAGUACAAAGUCAAAUUACAUCACCAGACACAAAAUCCCAGCCAGUUUCUGGUCCCGAUGCGAAAGAUUGGCUUCCUAGUCCUGGGUUGAAGGAGAAUUUGUCUGCUUCACCAAGAUCUGAUCAAGAUAGAUCCACAGGUGUUCCAAAACUGACUCCAGUGGUUUCUUGUCCAGGCUAUGAGGACUUGCUGCCAGCACCCCAUACACCUAACUGUGUGAACGAAGAUCUUACCGAUCUGUUUGAAGGAAUAGAGUCCCAGAAUUCAGUGACCAUCUCCACAAUAUCCAUGAAUGCUUGUUCUCCUUCCUUUUUUGAUAGAUAUCUAAAUGCCCCCACUAACAUUCAAGAGAAUUCAAAUCCAACCAGCACUGUUCCUGGGCUCUAUCGAUCAUUGUCAAUGGAUGCCAGAAGGCCAGUAGAAGACGAAUUUAACAUUAAUUCUGACAAAUUCUACAGGCAACAGAGUAUGCCAGCCUCAGCAGACUAUGAUGCUUCUAUUCCUCAGCCAAUGGAGGAGAAGUCCAUUGUUCAGUCUGAGAGGUUCUCUGGCUUGUCCCCAACAUACAUUUCCCCUGAGUAUGGUAUUUCCUCACCACAGUUGGAACAGUCUCAUUCUAGAGUGGUCAAGUCAUUUACUGAAAAUUUGAACCCUUCGCCUGAAAGUGUACUUAAUCAUUUGCAGACAGAACCUUCACCAUCACAUAAAUAUGAUCAACUAGAGCCAUCUCUAGAUAGCUUAGUUACCGACUUUGGUUUGCCAUUGGAUUCUUCGGAACAGCAAACAAAUACUCCCUUGACUUCUCCUAAUUCAGCUUUAAGUGCCAGUUUUCUGCCUACAUCUGGAGACCCAUUUGCUCCUACUGAGUCAGUCCAGAGUAAACUAAGCUAUCCAGCUUCUCCGCACAGAACAUUUGAACAGCUAAGUCUGAGCCCUAUGGCUAAUUCAUUGGACCAUUCAGUGAAUUGGUCACUGGGUUCUGAGUUGCAACUGAGGCCACCUCAAGUAUCUCUUGCUGAACCCUCCAAACACCUUUGUCCUUCAGAAACUAUGAAUACCGCAGAAAUGCCAUCAGUUUCAUCAAUUUCAUCCCCUUUUCCUGAAUCACCUGUCCAGUGUCCAAUAUCAACCCCUCAUUUGGGGCAAGAUGAAGACAGAGGUGAUAUGACAUGUGUGGAUCAGAUGGAAGAAUCGCCAGCUUUAGAUGGUGCUAUCUGUUCUUCUCCUGGAAGAACAGAUUCACCACUUGAUUCCUGCAAGCUACUUCCUCAAAAAUGUACUGGGAAUGUGACUCCAGAAGUGCACACGAUAGCUGUUGAAAACCAGCAGGAACCAAUUAAAUCAGAAAAAUGCAUACAGCUACACCAGAAUAUUACUUCUGAAGACCAGGAAGAACCUUUAUGGAAUGAUUCUUUUCCAAAUUCAAUAGAUGAUCUUGAUUUGGGGCCAUUCUCACUUCCAAUGCUGCCAAUACAGGAUAAAGAAGAUCCACUUGUUGAAAUGACAGAGCCUGAAUCUGAAGAAAUUGCUAAAACACCUGACACUAAUGAUUCUGCAACUGUGAAUGCGAGUACUGAAGUUAUAGAUUAUCCUCCUUUGUCAUCUGUGGAAGAGCAUGAAGCUAAUAAUGAGAUUUUAAAGAUGGAGCCAAUAAUAGUAGAUGACAAAAUUGUGGAUAGUGUCAGUAACAUAACAGUAGAAAAGACCUCUGUAAAAGCUGAAGAUAUCGGGGAGAGUAGUAUUCAGCUGCUUUCGGUGCAGCAUGCUGAAUCAGGUCCUGAAUUUGAAGACAAAGCUGUGGAUGUUACUCCGAGUUCUUUGGCAAAUGGCACUGUUUUCAAAGUACUUGAAGCUACAGAGGUGACAGUUAAACCAGUAAUUGAGACUGCGAAGCUAACCAAAGCAGAAGAAGUUCCUCAACGAAUGACAAGGAACCGAGCGCAAAUGUUGGCUAAUCAAAUCAAACAAAAUAAUGCUACUGCUAUGGAGAAGGAUACUGCUCCAACUCAAUUAGGAAAAGCAAAAGGGCGAGUUGUGGAUGAGGAUGACGCACAUGUGCAACAUCCACGCAAACGAAAAAUCCCUCGUGCAAAUCAUCAACCAAUGAUUCUCAACCCAUCAGCACAGCAAACCCGAGAAAUAAUCCAACAAACAUUGGCAGCUAUUGUUGAUGCAAUUAAAUUGGAUGAGAUUGAACCAUACCACAGUGAUCGAUCAAAUCCCUAUUUUGAAUACCUUCAAAUUCGUAAAAAGAUUGAAGAAAAGCGUAAAAUCUUGUGCUGUAUUAUCCCACAAGCACCUCAGUGCUAUGCUGAAUAUGUCACGUAUACUGGUUCUUACUUGCUGGAUGGAAAACCUCUCAGCAAACUCCACAUCCCAGUGAUUGCACCACCUCCAUCUUUGUGUGAACCACUGAAGGAACUUUUCAGGCAUCAAGAAGCAGUGCGUGGCAAACUACGCCUUCAACAUAGCAUUGAGCGGGAGAAGCUAGUAGUUUCAUGUGAACAAGAAAUUCUACGAGUACACUGUCGAGCAGCAAGGACUAUAGCAAAUCAAGCAGUACCAUUUAGUGCCUGCACAAUGUUGCUUGACUCUGAGGUUUACAACAUGCCAUCAGAAAGUCAGGGGGAUGAAAAUAAAACUUCUGUGAGGGAUCGGUUUAAUGCUCGGCAAUUUAUUUCGUGGCUACAGGAUGUAGAUGACAAAUAUGAUAGAAUGAAGACAUGCUUGUUAAUGCGACAGCAGCAUGAGUCAGCUGCAUUGAAUGCAGUCCAACGAAUGGAAUGGCAGCUAAAAGUGCAGGAGCUUGACCCAGCCGGACACAAAUCCUUGUGUGUCAGUGAGGUCCCUUCCUUCUAUGUGCCAAUGGUUGAUGUGAAUGAUGACUUUGUGCUUCUGCCAGCAUGACAGUGUUAACGUGUAAUUGAUAACCAUUAUGGCACAAAGAGGGAUACUUCCCAAAGGAACGUUAGUUCAAGUUUUUUUUCUUUUAAAUCCUUAAGUGCUGCUUGCUAAUGAUUCCCUGUUUCAUGAGGAGGAAGCAUCAUUUAAACUAUAUUGCACUUUUCACAGAUUUUAGAUAUCACUUCUGCAGGGAAGAAGGAUGUCAAGGUAGGUCAGUCGUUCAUAUGUAAUGAAACUUAAGCAAUUACAGCCUGCAAGCUAAACGGGAAAGUAGCAGGCCAAAAGUUAUACCCAUGUUGAAGAGCAGAACAGUAGGAUUCAGAAUACUGUGCUUGCUGACGUAACAGUGACCUUGAUCAUUUUUUCGCGGAGGAGAGGCAAUGAUCAUUCAGUAAUUUAUAUUGGAGUUGUAAUUUCAGUUCCACUAUAAAGAACUGUUGGGAAAAGGAGUACCAGUUUUGCAUACCUCUUUAAUUGUAGAUAAUGUCAGCUGAUCAAAUUUGCACAAAAUCUGGUCAGAUUUAAAUGUCAUUCAACAAAGUAUAGGUCACAAGUCUGAAAGCAACACUUUAAGUGUAUUCUGAAUCAAGUCAUCAGUUUGAAGAUCACAAUUUUAUUUCAAAGGGAAAGAGUUGUAACAUUUUCAGUCAUCUAGUAACUUCCCAUCAUGUCCUUUGUGUACUCUUGUCCACAAUUGGUCAUGUGACUAAGUCUACUUGUUGACUGCAAUUCUGUUACUCCUGAGAACAAAAGUAACUCAAGGCAAGAAGUCCUGUGGAAGAAGCGAUUUUAUGAUAAGGCACCGAGUAUGUUGUAUUUUCUUUCCACUCAUUACCCCUACUUUAAUUCUUGGGCAUUCAUUGUUUCUCUAGCAGAGAGCAUCACUUCACACUACAGAGCCAAUGCUUAAAAGUUUUAAAAGUAUAUCCCUAAAUGCUGUACAGUUUUUUAUAUGCGUUAACCAGUGUACAAUGAUGGCAAUGGCUGCCUUUAGAUAAUUUAUUUUGCCACACAUUACUGCACAGUUGUAAAUAACUCCUCAUACUGUAAUAUCAUUUUUCAGAGCUAAAUGUAAAAAAAUCCUCAGUAUGUACAGUUUUUUUUAGAUGGCACUUUCAUUUCAGUUUGGAAAAUGGGCCAAAAAAUUGAAAUGUUCAUUGUUUUACUGCUAACCAUUUGGAAAGUUGCAUUCUUGCAAUGGAACAGGAUUUUGUUAUGGCUGCAACAAAAUUAAUUUGGUUCCUCAAAAAUUUUACACUAAGUUGCUAGUGUGCAGCAGCUCCUUCAACUUUAUUAUUAAACUGUGCAGUUUCUUUGCUAAAUGUUUACAUAAAGGUAAAACUAUUGCACAGUAACUUUUAAAAAGUAGCACUGAUUCUGAUUUAGCAGAUAAAAAGUUUGAGGACAAAUGCCACAUUAGUCACCCAAUGUAAAAUGCACACUGGGUGUUUGAAAUAUUAUUUCUGCCUUUGUGAGGCAUAUGCAUACCCAGCAGCAAAUUUGUUACUCAUUAAUACAGCAAUUUCAUUUUUUCCAUUCAAUUUAAGAAAGACGUUAUAGAAUUAGUAAGAUACUAAUUAUUUCUAAAAUACCAUGUCCAGACCACGAAAUAAUAUGGCUAUGCACCAGUUAGUUUUAUUAACUUACAUCACAACAUAGGAGCUUUUCGUUUUUAAAGAUGAGUUCCUAUGUACAAAACUCUUAGUAAAGAAGCAUUCUUAAAGCCAUCCUUAAAAACAGUACAUCGUUUGCGUGCAAGACUGGAUUUCAAAAUCGCUGACACAAUUGAGAACUGCUAAAGAAAAUAAAACUCCUAACGUUAUUGAUGUCAGUGGAUAUUAAAUAUGAUUUCGAGUUGGGCAAGUGACUUGUCCUUCAGGUCUAUAGGAAAAUCCAUAUUUAUAACUGUCUGAAUUGUUAAUGUAAAAUUAUAGUACCUCACCAGUAAGUCUUAAAAAAAAUACCUUCAGAUAGGUACAAACUGGUAAAAAGCAAGUUCAGUAAUGAAGUCAGAAUUAAUUUGGCAAUUCAGAAAGUGACUAAUACCUGAGUUGCAUUGCAGAGGCAAACAUCUGAAAAUACUCUCUGGGAAGAAUAUUAGAUAUCUGUGACUGCAAGAGCUACAUAGACAAAUUGGCUUCUAUUAUCUGUACUUGCCUCUGAUAAAUGUAUAAAUCUGUAGAAUUUGUCAAAGGAUAUUUGCUGUAUUAAAUUUCCCUAUUUAUAGAUUUGUAAUGGACUUUAUUAUUUUUCUAAACCCACUGAGUCCAGACUUAUGAUUGUCUUUAGCUGAAUUAUGAGCCACCACAUGUUGGCUUUGUUUUACAAUGUGGUUGAACAUUUAAGAAGAAAGUUUCAAAAGAGGGAAUGAUGCAGCUAACAUGCAGUUUUAAAAACAGCCCAGUGUUGCUCACCCUAUUAAUGCUGGACAUGUGGCAGUUCUCAUUGUAGCUGCUGGGGCUAUUUUACUGCAGAAACAUUUUAAUUAUCAUAAUCCAAGUUUUUAAUUAUGUGAGCUAAUGUAAUAAUCAAUGAGUUUGUGGUGAUUUUUUAAAAAUUGCUGCAGAAAUAUACACACCAGUUAUCCCCAUAGUUUUAAAUCUAAACGUGUGCAUUUUUUGAGAUCAGUGGGAUUGCUGAAGAAAAUUUCUACACAUGUCAAUUAUUUUAACUCAAAACAAAAUAAAGUGAAAGAUAAUUCAAACAUUUAUCUACUAUAUUUGUGUUCGUAAAUCACAGUAGUUAUCCAAUUAUGCAGCAGACGCAGUUCUUCAAUGUGUCCACGUGGUGGCAAUGUGCAGAAAUAGUAUUUUAAAACUCACCUUGUUUUCCAAACAUUAUGAAUCUGGUGUUUUCCUUACAAAUACCUUUACAUUUAAUGGAAAGAUUGAGAUGAAUUUGUGCUGUGCAAGCUGGCUUUGGUAGUAUGUAAAUCCAACCUUUUUAGGUUUACUAAGGGCAUUAUCUUAUUUCUUAAUUAAAAUAGAACUAUUAUGUAUUUUGAGCUACCUUAUUACUAUGAUGGCUCACUCAUAAUAUUAAAUUGUUUUUUGAAAAUACAUACAUAUGCAGAAUGUUCCUCAGUUAGUGCCUGGAAAUAAUUGAAAUUUUAUCUGGGUAGUUAUUGAUUAGAAAGUUUAAAAGCUCAGUUAAAAAAAGUAUUUCUGAUUGUUUACACUAACCUCAAUGUCCAAUUCCUAUUCUGUACUGUAUUUUGAUCAGUUGUACUUUUUAUUUCUUUUUGGAGAGUAAAUGUAUUAUAAAUCAGGCAUUUGUUAUCUCUAAUGUUAGCAGUUGAACUGCGUGCAUUGUGUACCACUUUUAGCAACUGGAUUUCUUGAAUGUAGGGCUCAAACAGUGGAGCGAACACAUCCAUAUUUAAAGACUGACAGACUGACGAUAUAUAAAUAAUAUUACUAUAAAAUCUUUAUAACAAUGGGAUACAGUGCAACUGAAUUAAAUGUUUGUUAAACUUCAGCUAAUAUGAAUCUGUAACGUUUCUGAGACCUUUUCUCUCUCCACCCAUAUAAAAUUCAUCUUUUUGUGGACCAGUCAAUAAAUUAUUUUUGAAUAAACUAGUCUUUGCCAUAUUAAAUUAUAUUUCCGUUCAAUUUAGUACUUCCCCUUUUCCAGACUAUCUUUGCCCUUUUGAGCUACAUUGGUCAAUGUUUUCACUCCUAAGAGUGUAUAGGAUUUAGCAGUUUUGUGUGUCCAAACUAUGUUCAUAUAUGUUGCCAUUUCUUAAAGAUGUCAUUCUUUCUGGAUAGAUACUGAGAAAAAUUACCUGAAUCUUUUGACUUAAUUCCAGUAAUAACUAUUACUUUUCACAACUGGAAAAUGCUGCAGUAUUACCAUAUGAUUUGACACCAUUUAUUGUGCUGCUUUAAUGUUCCUGCUUUUGUUGUUUUAUACAAACAACUUUUUUUAUAAUCGCCCCAAUCUUAACUGAAGUCUGUACUGUAUUCCAUUUCUGUAUUGUUUCUGACAUUCUUAAAUCUACAGUCUUGUAUGUCAUUGGUCUGUGACUAUCUAGCAUCAAAUAUUGCAUGUAAUGUCACAUUGCUUGUAUGGAAUGUAUAAUGUCACUAUCAAAUAUAUUGUUGGGCACGGAAUGAGAAUGAUACUAGAUAACGAGUAAUGACAUUUGGAAAUUUUUUUAAUGCUAAUUAACUUAUUGUUUGAGCCCUACUUUAUCUCUAAGAAUAAUAUUGUUCAUAAAGCAUGGAAAAUUGUUCCUAGCAGAGAUGUGCAAAAAGCUUGUAUUUCCUGUCAUGGUCACUCAGUUUUGAAUUAUGGAUCUCUAUCACAGUACUGUCCAUACCUCUCUUCCCAGUAUAAAACACACCUUUUUAAAACAAUCCUACCAGUUCAUUUUUAAAAAGCAGUGCUGGUUCAUGAUAAAAGGAAAAACUAAAACAUUACUAAUAAUCUUAUUUAGAUUAAUUUGCAUUUUCUUUAUUAACCACCUUAAUUUUGCCUAUAAUUAUUAGGUUGACUCUGUAACCAUAAAUGAAAAUUCAUGUCUCAUCUGGUAUGUGAAUCAAUGUCCUGAACUGCAAUUGUUGUUUUAAGAAACAAUUUACGAUAAAGAUAUACACACACAAAAUAGGCAUUGUCCCCAAUAUUGUUCCUAUGUUUGUAGAAGCAACAGUAAUGGACUGUGGAACAGCACAGUGUAGUUCUUGUCUGUUGCAAGGUGAUUGGUAGUUAAAGCUAUCUGUCAAAGGAAGAAUGAAGGUGGAAAGCCCAGUGGGUGCCCAGUGAUGAAAUUUGAAGUUAAAUGUAUCAUGAUAGAAAUAAUUGUUUUUAAACUUUCCAUAAUAUAACUGCCAUGUUAAUAUUUGCAAAAUUGCUGAUAUUUUGUUGAGAAUACCUUUGUUUUGUACACACGGAUUACAGUUGUCUGUGUAUCCUUUUAAAUAACUAGUUUCAAAAAUCUGCUAAUAUUACAGUGAGAUGUGAGCCUGUAAAGAUGGUGAGAUAUCUUUCAUUAAGUACAAAAUUGUAGAAUAUUCUGAUUCUUUGUUUAGUCUCUCAAAGAUGAGACUUAGCUCCAAGUAUUUUGAACACUAAGAGCAUACUGGGAAUUGUUAAAAAGCCCAGUAUUGUUAAUUACCCAGACUAAAAUUUUAAUGUGACCAACAAUGAUGGUCCAAAAAUUUUGCACACCUCUAGUUAAUAGGGCAAUGAACUUUUUUUUUCUUUCUCUGACACCUGUGGUAUAUGGAUUGAAGUCUCAGAUGUGUAAAUGUUCUUGCAUUUGUAUGAGACAUUGUACAUAGCUGUAAAUAACACAUAGGUUCACACCCUCUUCUUUGUAAUAGUAAACUGUGUAGAAUGUGUUUUUUCAAAAAAAAACAAGUGGCAAACAUGCCAUCAGUGAUGUAAUGAUGUAAUUUUUUGUACAAUGUAGGUUAAUUGUGUACAUAUUGUUUGGCAGGCUGCCGCUGCUGCAGUACUGUUACUAGCUGUAUGAGUUCCUGCAAAACAAAUGUUAUUUUCUACAGUUGCAUGUACAGAGAGAAGAGAGAUGCUGUUGUCCCUCAAAAAUUAUGUUCGUAAAUAAAUGAAAAGAAAUCA